CAGUAUGACUCCAGGACUCUUAGUAGUUAGAAACCAGACACCCAAAAAUGGCUUCGAUUUCUCUAUCCUUCUCAUCCUCCCUGCUUCCCUCUCCUCUUCUCCAAGACAAGAACAAGGCCACCUCUGCAACCAAACCCAGAGACCACCAUGGAUCACUUUGCGGAGUUGUUCGCUGCGCAUUCGCUUCACCAGCGAGAAGGAAGACCUCUUCUACUCCUUCUUCUUCUUCUUCUUCUUCAGCUGUGGGUAAGAAGAGACUGUGGAAGCAAGGAGAAUUUCCAGGAACUUCGGCGGAAGGAAGAUCCAGAAAGACGCCCAUUAAGAAUAUCAAGAAGAAGUUGGACCGCAAGAACGACGCCAAGGCCUGGGCCAACACCGUUGCCGAAGCCUUGUCCGAUCUAGUCCUCAAAAAGCAAUGGCUCCAAGCUCUUGAGGUCUUUGAGAUGCUCAGAGAACAGCCUUUUUAUCAACCAAAAGAAGGGACUUACAUGAAGCUCCUUGUUCUGCUUGGAAAAUCUGGGCAACCCCUUCGUGCUCAUGAACUUUUUGACACAAUGGUUGAAGAAGGAUGUGAACCCACCACUGAACUUUAUACAGCUCUGCUUGCAUCUUAUUGUCGGAGCAAUCUCAUUGAUGAAGCAUUCUCAAUCCUCAACCAAAUGAAGACCCUCCCUCGUUGCCAGCCUGAUGUUUUUACAUACAGUACCCUGCUCAAGGCUUGUGUUGACGCUUCUCGAUUUGAACUGGUUGAGUCCCUUUAUGAAGAAAUGGAUGUACGAUCAAUAACUCCAAAUACAGUUACACAAAAUAUAGUGUUAAGUGGCUAUGGGAAGGCAGGCAAAUUUGACGAAAUGGAGAAAGUGCUGUCAGGAAUGCUUGAGAGCACCUCAAGCAAGCCUGAUGUCUGGACCAUGAACACCAUUCUUAGCUUGUUUGGUAACAAGGGACAGAUUGAAAUUAUGGAAAAAUGGUAUGAGAAAUUCCGGAAUUUUGGAAUUGAACCAGAAACACGCACCUUUAAUAUAUUGAUUGGCGCUUAUGGGAAGAAACGGAUGUAUGAUAAGAUGUCAUCAGUGAUGGAGUACAUGCGCAAGCUUCAGUUUCCUUGGACGACCUCAACUUACAAUAAUGUGAUCGAGGCAUUUUCUGAUGUGGGGGAUGCAAAAAACAUGGAGUACACAUUUGAUCAGAUGCGUGCUGAGGGCAUGAAAGCCGAUACCAAGACAUUUUGCUGCCUUAUUAGAGGAUAUGCUAAUGCAGGCCUUUUCCAUAAAGUAGUAAGCAGUGUUCAAUUGGCUGGGAAGUUUGAGAUACCUGAGAACACCUCAUUUUAUAAUGCAGUUAUUUCUGCUUGUGCAAAGGCUGAGGAUUUGAUAGAAAUGGAGAGAGUUUUCAAUCGGAUGAAAGAUAAGCACUGUCAACCAGACUCCACAACCUAUUCUAUCAUGGUAGAGGCAUAUAAAAAGGAAGGCAUGAAUGACAAAAUCUAUGAUUUGGAGCAGGAGAGACAGAGGAUGGUUGCUGAUGGUCCAAAAGGUGAUUAGGCUUUGUAGCAAGAAAUAUGUGGUUAAUGCCUGAUUGAGGUUAAUGACAACUGCUUUUGCUCUUGCCCAAGUUUUGUACAGGAGCUGCUAAACUGCUCCUUUUGAAUGCUAAAUGGGCCUUGAUUGAUGAGGUAACCAAGCCAUCACUUUCUGGGGUAGAUGUGUAGUUACCACCUGUCUAUCUGCAUGAUUUGUAUGAAGUACUGUCUAGAUCCUCCAGGCAUUUGUGAUCUUCUGAGCAAACUAUUUGGGUAUUUAAAUGUAUGACAGAGCUAACGGAUGCCUCUCAGUGAGCUGGAGAGAUUUUAUAUUACCUAGAAAUGGAAAGCUGCUCUCUUCCUGUGAAA